UUUUUUUUUUUUUUUAUAAAUGUGUAAUUUGAGAAUUUGUUGAAAUUUACAUUUUAGAUUAUAUGAAUUCUUAUCCAUAAACUUGCAUUUGCAUAAUUGCAUGAUAUUGGGCCUAAUGAUUGGGCUUGGCCUGAUCCGUUGUACGGACUUUGAAGCACCUAUUAUGAAAGCAGUUUUAUAACCAUGGCUACCGUCACCUUGCAAUUGCAUGACAAAACCCCCUUCGUAUCCAUCUUCCUUCGGUUUUCAACAGAAAAUCAAACCACCUUCCAAAUCUGAAUUCUAAGUUGAGAAGAAAAAAUGAAAUUUUUCGCGAAAUGAGUAAAACUUCAGAGACGAAAUCAGUAAGUAUCGAACUCGAAACACUCGACAAUUUUUGUGUAAAACUUGCCAAUCAUUUCGUCCUUUUACGUUUUAGUUAGGAAGAUAGUUUAUCCGUAUCGGAGUGUGCUUAAUUGAUUGUUGAGGAUGUGUACUUAAUCGAAUCCACCAACAGAUGACGGAGACGAAGCAACUCGUCGUCGUGGUUGAAGGCACUGCCGCUUUGGGUCCUCACUGGCGCACCAUUGUCACCGAUUAUCUCGAGAAAAUCAUCAGGUACUUUAUCCAGUCUACGAUUUCAAAUUAUAAUCCAGAUAGUCCUACUGUUGAAAUGGCUCUUGUGAAUUUCAAUGCUCAUGGAUCUUACAGUGCAUGCUUGAUACAAAGAAGUGGCUGGACAAAAAACAUGAACAUGUUUCUGGAAUGGUUAUCAGCUAUUAACUUCAGUGGUGGUGGUUUUUGUGAUGCUGCAAUUGCAGAAGGACUUGCUGAAGUUCUAAUGAUGUUUCCUUCUUUACAUGGGAUUCAAAAUCAUCAAAGGCAUUGUAUCCUUGUUGCUGCAAGUAAUCCAUAUCCACUUCCUACACCAAUUUACAUACCACCAGAUUAUAUUGAGAUGCAAUCAGAUAGCCCUUUAUCUGAUGCUGAAACAGUUGCUCAAUAUUUCAAAAAGUGUUUAGUUUCCCUAUCAGUUAUAUGUCCAAGACAGCUUCCAAAACUUAGAGCAAUCUACAAUGCAGCAAAAAGGAACCCUUCAGAAACCGAUCCUACUAUUGAUAUUAUGAAGAAUCCAAAUUAUCUAGUUCUUAUUUCAGAAGGUUUUAUGGUGGCUCGUGAUGCUUUAACUCAACCAGAAAUUACAAAUUUGCCCUCGAAUCAAACCCCUACAGAAACAGAUGUUACUCCAGUUUCAGGGCCACCUCAAACUACAUCAACGAAUGAUAAUCUGCAAAAUUUUACAAUUACGAAAAAGCCCCUGAAUGGAAACCCCACGUCAUCUGGGGAAGCUGAGUCAGCAACAUUACCAGGGACUUCAAGUACAACAAUGCCCACAUCUGAAAUGGAUUCUACUGAGGUAAAUGACAGCGUGGCAACUACUGUGGGCCCCACACAACAAACAUCAAGUGCACUUAAAUCAGAUUCAUCGAGGUUAUAUGUAAAACUAUGGGAGGGAGACUUAACUGUUGAAAGCCAAGGGAACUCUGUCUUUAUUACCAAAUUACAAGGAUACAGGAAUCCCCAAACUUCUGAGUUGAUUGCAAAAGAUUGGCCAUUGACAAUGCAAAUAGAUACGCUUAUACCUGAAGAAGAAAUGAUAAAUAAUUGCAGGAAAUUCACUGGAAAGGUAGAUCAUAUUGUUUUCCGAGCAUUGAAUGAGCAUUCAACUUUUCUUGGACGAUUACAAGAGAAGAAGCUCUGUAUGGUGAUAAAGUUACCAUCACAGGCACUGUUGUUGUGUGUAACAGCUGAUAGAAUAAAUCGGUUGGUAGGAAUGGUUUUACCUCAGGAAAUGGUGAAAUAUGAAAAGUAGGAGGGGGAAAAUGCAAUUAGAUUCUUGGAAAGGGACACAAAGUCUGACUUUUGUAAAGUGAAAGGUUUAAAAUAAAAUGUUUGUGCAGUGGUAGAGUUGUAUGUUGUUCAUAUUGUGCAGUGUUGAUGACUCUUUUGAGAUUGAUGUUGUUGCUAUAGCAAUCGCAUGCAUGUUCAUAUUUUGGUGAAGAUACGACUCUUUUUAGUGUCUAGAUUGGAUGCUUUUUAGAUGAUAAUGUGUAAAUUUGUUCCGAUUUAGAGUACAAC